AGGCAGUGGACAAUGGAGGCAGUGCAUUGUUUCCUCUUACUUUCCUUUGUUUUACACAUUGUCACCUGUAUUCCGGUAUCAGAAUUUUACCCUUUUGGCCGUGCGGUGCUUGACCAUAAUUUCCCAAAGAACGACGAUGGCAGUUCACCAAGGGUCAAUAUCAGUACCCUUUUCCCUUUCUUCAACAGCCAACACGACUCGCUUUACGUCAAUACAAAUGGCGCAAUAUCCUUUCAACAAACAUUGAACCAAUUUACGCCAGCUCCCUUCCCCCUCAACGAUCAUCGUAGCAUCGUGUCACCAUUUUGGGCAGACGUUGACAUACGGAAUGGCGGUACCGUGUGGUAUCGCGAGACUACAGCUCCUGAUAUCCUACAGCGAGCAACCAAUGAAAUUCGUCUGUAUUAUCCUGGCCAGCUUCACUUCCAUGCCAGCUGGGUAUUCAUAGCAACAUGGGACAACGUAGCGUUCUACGGGGCGUCGACAACCGGUAAAACCAAGAAAAACACGUUCCAGGCUGUUCUCAUUACAAAUGGCCGUCACUCUUUCACCGUGUUUAACUACGCUAAAGUAACGUGGACCACGGGGACUGCCAGUAGUGGUAACGCGGACACAGGACUGGGAGGAACUCCAGCCCAGGUUGGUUUUAACGGAGGUGAUGGCGUCAAUUUCUACGCAUUAGACGAAUCCCGAACGCCAUCUAUCGUCAAUCUUGCCCGCAUGUCUAACGUAAAAACGAAUGGUAAAUUCGUGUUCCGGAUUGAUACAGCUAAAAUAGAGAAUGGUGGAUGUAAUACCGGAGGUGCCCUAGUGGUGUAUCCCUUCCACGUCACUAUGUAUGGAAGCCAGGAGAUCACGGUAUCUGGUCCCUGUUUUUCCGCGAAUGACACCGUGCAUAUCAUCUUCCCCAACAACGACAGCCAAUCGUGUGUUGGGAGGUCACUGUUCAGUGUCAGGUGUCUCACACCAACAUUUUACGUCACUGGAGUCAUCGACAUUGCUCUCCAUAUCACUUCUUCAGGCGGACAUACGUCUCGUUACACGGGUUUCUGCACGGUCGUAAACCCUUUGUUAAGCGAACCUGGAUUGGUUCGAGUCUUGGUUGGUACCUGGGCCCGAGAUAAAAGAGUGGCCGUUCAGUGGACUCCUGAUAGCUUGCCCUUCACAGAAAGUCGUGCUAAUAUAGAUGCUUACACCAUCGAGCCAAACAAAGCCGGAGAGUCACGACUUAUCUUUGAAAAAGCAUUGGCAUCCUCUGUAUUAAUCAGAUCUGCUUCUGCCUCGUUCAUUUUUGACGUUGAAACAAAUGUUAUAAUUCUUAAGAUGACAGAAGUUGGAACUAAUGUGACGUUACAUAACAGCGUCUGGUCAGACGCGUUUGUUGUAAAACCAAACAUGGAUACAAAUAAGGGACAGAAAGAAGCCAAAGACACGUGUCAAAGACAACUCAAUUCUGAUAUGAAGUUGCCUCCCUUGACGGACCUUCGUAUCCAGACAUGUCCAUGCAGGGCGGAGCAAAUUGAGAUCGACCUUGCGAGAUUCCAUCGAGAUCCACUUUGUAAAGAUAUAAAAUAUCUGGAUCAUUUAGAUUUUCGAACCUCCCGGAACUGUCAGCAGGCAGAGGCCCAACAGUGUUACCGACUCAACUCUCCAGGACCUAAUGGAUCAGGUCGUCUGUGUUGUUACGAUUACCUGGGAAACCUUAUGGAUGCCAAGUCUGUGUCCGGGGGAGGCACUGCACACCGAUUCCACUACUUUGGGGGACCUGGCAGCGUCCCUUAUUUAUCUACUCUAGUAUUUGACACGUCACCUUACUUCCAUUGUUGUAAGUACAUACGGGAUACUGCAGGACUAGCUCUGUGUGCCCGGCUACUACAACAACGUCCACAGGGUGACUGUAAAAACUAUCAACCCAUAAGGCCAGCACGACUAAGUGGCGAUCCCCACUUCACUACACUGGAUGGGUUGCCGUAUACCUUCAAUGGCGUUGGGGAAUUCAUACUGCUGAAACACAUAAAUAAUACGUUCUUCGCGCAAGUCCGAAUGGAACAGGUGGCUGGUCCGGAUGGCACUUUGCGUAAGGCGAGUGUGAUAACCUCUUUCUCAGCGAAACGAUUCAACAUGUCAGAUACUGUAGAGGUCCGACUGAAUUCCAUCAGGGUGGCCGAUGUCCUGGUAAAUGGUGAAAUAGUGGAUUUUAUCCAUUACAGAUCUCUACACUUCAAUGGUGUCUCAACAACGAUGACCGAACGGAACAACACAGACGGAUCAUUAAAACAAAUCAACCUUAUCUUCACUGAGCCCAGCCUGGCGUUUCGCAUUCUGGCUUAUCCUUCCCUUCUCAAUGUCAUCGUGGUAUCGGGGUCGGACAGCUUACAAGGAAACAUCACAGGACUUCUGGGAAAUUAUAACGGUGAUCCUGAGGAUGACCUAACCACACAAGAUGGACAUAUUAUCUCCCGGAACAGCACGGCGAGGGAUAUACACCUGGACUUCGGGUUGACAUGGAGAGUUCGCAGACAGCAUUCCCUGUUCACGUAUCCCAUUGGUAAAAACUACUCAACUUUCCAGAACGAGGCCUUCACUCCUAUGUUCCCGGACCCUGCUCAAACGUUCACACCGGAAGCACGGAAUAUAUGUGGCGAUGACGAAUUUUGUCUUUACGACUACCACACUACUGGACGGGCGGAUAUUGCAGACGCAACAAGAGCUGCUACUCAGACAUUCAAAAGCAUACAAAUACAAGCGGAACCAGUUAUUGUAUGUAAUCAUCCUCUCGAUGUUGCAUAUGGUUACUGGAAUAGUACCGGCUUAGUCGUGAAUUCCACUGCUGUUCUCAUUUGUGAAGAAGGCAGACGACCUAACACUUCUGACGUCAUAUCCUGUACAGCAAACGGGACCUGGGAACAUAGCAAUGAUGCGUGCAUAGAAAUCCGUUGCGGAGCAUUACUCGACAUUCCAUUUGGACGUUGGUUGGCAUCAAACUACACGGUGGGAGCCACUGCGACUCUGCAAUGUGAUGUCGGGUCAAAUUUGAAUGGAUCAGGCGUGGUGACGUGUGAUGAGGUCGGCAUGUGGCAUCCCAAUGGACAAGCCUGCGACGUAGUUGUUUGUGGACCUCUUCCGUCCUUCCUAAAUGGGCGAUGGGUCAGCAAUGGAACAACAUUUGGACAUACAGCCAUCUUGGAAUGUGAUGAGGGGACCGAGUUUGUGGGUAGCACAAAUGUCCAAUGUGGGGUCACUGGAACGUGGGGAAUUGGCACACAAACUUGUACUACCAUUGAUUGUGGACAUUUACCUUCGAUGACACACGGCCAUUUGGUUAGCAAUGCAACAUUAUUUGGACAUACAGCUGAACUUGUGUGCGGGGAAGGGAGACAACCAAAUGGUGUUCCGAACGUCACGUGUGGACUUAGUGGAGAAUGGAAUAUCAGUUCACUCGCGUGUGAUCUGGUUGACUGUGGACCCCCACAUCGGGUGGCGAAUGGGCUGUGGACUGGCGGAGAGUACACAUAUGGCUCCUUAUUACAUCUGCGAUGUAACACCGGGACUACUAUUAUAGGAAAUGGCACGGUCAACUGCACGGCUAACGGACAGUGGUCAAGCAUCGAGCAAAGAUGUGAUGUUGUAAAGAAAUAUAAAAAGCUCAAGUAGUUCCUUUACGAAGGCGGCAUUAGGCGGGGUCAUUGGAGUAACAAGUGCCAUUUCUACAAUGAUCGUCAUAGUUAUCAUCAUGCGGCGUCGCAGAAAACAUUCAUCCUCAUAUCACAUCACGUGUGGCAAUAAUAUGAAAAUAAACACUAGUAGCAUGUAGAAUACUAUAGCACUGACAGCGAUAAACAAAGUAGAAUAAUGAACUUCUUUUUUCCGUACUUUACUAUAUCGUGUUGAAUGUAAAUGAAACGUCAUUCCAUGUAAUUAGGGCUUUUCACCAAAUGGUGAAAAGACCUAUUGUUUUUGUUAUGUUUCUUAUUAUUAUUAUUAGGGCUUUUCACCAAAAAUUGCGAAAAUAAUCCGGUAAUGUUCAAUGGUCUUCUGUUUUUAUUAUCGUCGUGUUUUCGGGGUCACGUUCUAAUAACCGACGCCACGAAAUGCCAUACAGCUAAUGGCCCGAAGUGUUAUCCACUCCAAACAUCCACUUAUCGACUAUAGAUGCCUGAUUCUAUAGCAUGUGGGCUUCCUACGUCAUCAAAUGCAGUUCCCGCGAAAUUACUGGGAAAUAUAAAACAAUUCUUUAAAUGAAAUGAAGCGAAAGAAAUAGAAAACGUCUAAAUAAAAGCAUCGUGAUCAGUAUUGAG